CCCCUCCUUUCCUCACCUUCCCCUUCUCGUGUUUUUUUGUUCCACCAGAGCAUCUCUCUCCUUCUGCUCGCCCUCUCACUACACCGCCCACUCCACUCACCGCCGCCUCGCCGGCUUCUUCGCCUCACUACAUCGCCCGCUGCCCUUUUCUGCCUUAUUUUAGGGAGAAGAAACCGCGCAUUUUUGGACCCCCCCCCAAAAAAAUCAACAAAAUAUCACCAUGGCGAGCACCGAGGAUAAAGCUGCCAACAAGGAGAACACGUCCAGCUGGAAGGACUCCAUCUACAACCCGAGGACCGGGGAGCUGCUGGGUCGCACGGCCAGCAGCUGGGCCCUCAUCCUGUUGUUCUACCUGGUUUUCUACUGUUUCUUGGCUGGUAUGUUCGCCCUGACCAUGUGGGUGAUGCUGCUCACUCUGGAUGACUAUGUGCCGAAGUACAGAGACCGUGUUCCCUAUCCAGGGUUGGUGAUUCGUCCAAAUUCACUGGAUAUCUCAUUCAACAAAUCUGACCCGCUCAAGUAUGCACAGUAUGUCCGACACCUGGAGUCCUUCCUGCAAAGGUAUAAUGAUACAGAGCAGGAGAAGAACGAGGAGUGCCCACGAGGAGAGUAUUUCAUGCAGGACGACAGCGAGGACAUGACGAAGAAAGCUUGUCGCUUCAAGAGGGGCUUCCUGAGUCUCUGCUCUGGUCUCUCUGACACCAACUUUGGAUAUUCUGAGGGGAAACCCUGCGUGCUGCUGAAAAUGAACAGGAUCAUCGGCCUGAAGCCUCGUGGGGAUCCCUACAUCAACUGCACAGUAAAAAAAGACAACUCAAUUCAAAUGCAGUAUUUCCCCAGUGAGGGGCGUAUUGAUAAGAUGUAUUUCCCCUAUUACGGCAAGAAAGCCCAUGAGACUUACGUGCAGCCCCUGGUGGCUGUGAAGCUGCUGCUCACCAAGGAGGACUACAACAAGGAGCUGCCGGUGGAGUGCAGGGUAGAGGGCUCCGACCUCCGCAACAACGACGAGAGGGAUAAGUUCCUGGGCCGCGUCACCUUCAGGAUCAAGGUGGCCGAGUGAAAGAGAAACCCAAAGCAGAGGCUGCCAACGUUUGCUAAGGAUUUAUGUUUUAAAAAAUUAAAAAAUGGAAGGAAGUGUCAAAUACGUCACAAAGGUGGCAUUUUUGGGAUGUGGCCAAAUAGUUUGAUGCAGUUUGGCUUCUAGUAGGAGAGCCAGUUAGAUACAGAUAUUGAAUGUUGCUUUGAUGACAUUUCUGACCCUUCUUUCCUUCAUGAUUCCUUGCUGACCUCGUCAAAGAUUUCCCGAAAACAAGACACAGGCUCUGCUCCUGUCCCCAUCCAUCCAUCCUUUCUUUCACCUGUUGCACUGUUCAUUCUUCACUCAGUUUAUUUGUUAUUUUUUAGCGUUGAUGUGAUUAGAUAACUUAUAGCCAUUGCAACCAAGCCAUUUGGAGCUGUUGUGUAAUUGCUGAUACAACUUUUUAAAAUGUUUUUUUUUAGAUUUUCCUGCUGUCAGGAAGAGAGUGUUGUUUUCAUCUCUUCAAACUGUAUGAACGACUGUAUUAUCGCCGGUGUUGAGAGGAUUUUUAUCUUGCUGUAUAGUACAAUUGAGAAAGUAGAACAUUUCCGACACAUCUCCAGAGUAUUCACAUUAUCACAUCACAAAGACUUCAUAGGAACGUACAUUGAUAAUCAAGUAUAGCAACUGUAUCCCUGUAUAUGAAAUGCCAAUUACAAAGUCCCUUUCUACAUAUAAAUACAUUGUGGUCCUUACCAUAUUUAGGGAAUUAUAGAUAGAUCUUUGUGUUGUGGUCUGCGUGGCCACAACCCAGUCUUGUGCCGUCUGUCUAUCUGUCUGUCUGUCUGCAUGUCCGUCUGUCCUCCUGUUUACUCACCUCACCACUGCGAGGCCAAAAUGUGGGUGAGCCUUCCAGGACUAGAUAAGUUGUCUCGCUCCACCUCGCCGGGUGCUACGCAGUGAUGGUGGCUGAGGCAACACACAAACACACACACACAGAAGGUACAGUGUAAAAAUUGCUUUUAAGGCAGAGAGGCGCUGGGAAAGCAAAAAUAAAAAGUUCACUGUAACUAUGUACUGUAUAUCUUUACGUGAUCUGUAUAUCUAUCUGGGUCUCAAAGAUUGUUUGUUAGUUUUCUCUCUUCUUCAGCCUGUUGAUCUGAUUGUCUGCCAAUCUAUUACUCUUCAAUGUAUAUAUAUAUACACUACCAUAUUUACUUAAUUCACACUGUAUUUUUGUCACAAAACACAAUGUCUGUGCACUGUAAAGAAAUAAUUUAAGCAAAGAUUUACAGGAAAUUAUCUUAUUCAAAGCUAUGUUUACACAGUCUUAAAAGGAACCCGCAUUUGAACUUGUAACAUCUCUUCAGGGUGCCUUAAGACCUGAUGAAAUAAAUUGUGGAAUAAAAGUGAUUUUGAAGAAAA